CGUUAUGACCCUCUUACAUUUUGUGGCAAUACAGCAUUCCCGCUGUUUUAUUCUCACGCUGCGGUCCGCAUGUAAACCGGUGAGUGGGUCUGCAGAGCAGGUUUAGUCCUGUGCAGUGAUACAGUGCUCAGGUCACGGCGACCGGUUAUUACCGCAAAGGAGGAAACUCGCACAUUUCAGGAGGGAAGCGGCCAGGGAGUGUUUCACACGAAGGAGAACUUCGGCUUCUCCGAGGAAUUAUGACAACAAAUACGAAGGGGAACCCCUAUUAUAUAAACUAUGGCUUUCAGGAAGGAUUGGGGCCGUCUUCACAUAGCCCGGCUGUCCGGACCGGACUGCCCGUCUAUGUCCCACAGAAUAUCAACACCCAGAACACCUCCGCACCUUGGUACCCACCGGCCAGCCCUGCCCUUCCUGGUAAUGACAGGAGGCCAUCCUGCAGUUUGAUCACACUGAUUGUCUUCGGCUGCUUCCUACUGGCUCUGGUCGGCUUUAUCCUGUGGUUUUUCCUGUUUUACAGUACGGAGGGCUGUACUGACCCAGGGGGUUGCAUGGAGGUGUCCCGGCACUGCGCUGAAGCUGGCUGCUUCCGCCUCUAUGGCCAGGAUUUCGUCCUUCAGAUGUUCUCUCCCAAAAGCAAGUCUUGGAGGUCGAUGUGUGCUGAAGGCUGGACAGACGCCCACGGGAGGAGCGCGUGUCGACAGAUCGGCUACGAAGAAGACACCUACGUCAGCUCUGGUCAAACGGCUUCGAAGAACGGGGACUCCAGCGGCUAUGUGACGCUGAGGCCUGAAUCUCGCCCUGGAGAUCUUGCUCAGAAGGACCUCGUGGACAGUGCCUCCUGCCCAGCUGAUGCUGUCGUCACACUGCGAUGCAUCGACUGUGGCUUACGCAGAGGCCCUGCAACUUCCCGCAUCGUUGGGGGUCAGGUGGCCCGGAGAGGGGCGUGGCCUUGGCAGGUCAGCCUGCACCUGGAGUCUCAGCACACUUGCGGUGGCUCAAUCAUCACGCCGCUUUGGCUUGUCACAGCAGCACAUUGUAUCGACGGAUACAGCAACCCAUCGGACUGGACCGUGUAUGCCGGCUACCUGAACCUGGACGACAUGACGUCCAACAGCCAGAAGGUGGCGCUGAUCAUCUCCCACAACUACAACAGUGUAACGGACGAAAAUGACAUUGCCCUGAUGAAGCUGAAAAAGCCGCUUCCCAUGUCCGACGUCGUGAGGCCCGUGUGUCUGCCCAACGUGGGGCUCACCUUCACCGCACCUCGGUCGUGCUGGAUUUCAGGGUGGGGCAGUACCGAAAACCAAGGAUCUUCGUCCAAAGUUCUGAUGGAGGCUCAGGUUAACCUAAUCGACAGCGAGACCUGCAACAGCCCAGCGGUGUACUCCGGGGCGAUAACAAAAUCGAUGAUCUGCGCCGGCAUGCUGGAGGGUGGCGUGGAUGCAUGCCAGGGUGACAGCGGGGGUCCCCUGGUGACUGAAUAUGCCUCCCUGUGGUGGCUGGUGGGAGACACCAGUUGGGGCAUUGGCUGCGCCCUCAGGAACAAGCCCGGCGUCUACGGCAACGUGACCUUCUUCCUCAGCUGGAUUUAUGAGCAGAUGCAGAAUAAUUAGCGCAAGCAUGGUGCCGAGGCAAACAGGCCGGGGAAGACUUUCCUUCUGAGUUGCUGGACGACCUUCAGUUUUCUCAGUUCAGUCCUUCACGACGCUUUUUCUGAGACUCCAGUAAUGCCUCUGCCAAGCCAAGAGCCGCCUUCACCUGCAAGCACCCAGGUGGACAGCAGGGGGUGCUAGUUCAGGCACCGCAAACCCCAACAAGUAUAAGUGUAUGUAUAAUGUGACGGUUUACAAAGAUAUUUGUUUAUUUAAAUGAGCACGUGUGAAUUUGUGUCUCUUUGACCAUGUAUCAGGAUAAGGUCAAUUAUAGAAUUUUAUAAUUUUUUAAAACACAAAAUGCUAAUUUUACAUGCACAAUAAUCAGUUUGAUAUUCUUAACUGUAUAAUUCUCACGUAUUCUAGAUUAAAAUACACUUUGAUGCUCUUAUAUAGAUUAACUUUAAGUGGAGUUUUCUAAUAAAAAAAAUGUAUGAUUGCAAA